AUAAGCCCCAUAAGUGUAACUAUUGUGACAUGGUGUUUGCACAUAAGCCAGUUUUGAGGAAACACCUUAAACAGCUGCAUGGCAAAAACAGCUUUGAUAAUGCCAAUGAGAGAAAUGUACAAGACCUCACAGUGGAUUAUGAUUCUUUUGCAUGUACAACAGUCACAGACUCUAAAGGGUGUCAGCCACAGCCUGAUGGAACACAGGUCCUGGAUGCAGAUUGUGACAAUGGCUGCUGAGUCUGAAGUUCUGCACUUCCAGUUUGAACAGCAAGGAGAUGCAGUCUUGCAGAAAAUGAAUCUCUUGAGACAGCAAAAUUUAUUUUGUGAUGUAUCAAUUUAUAUUAAUGACACGGAGUUCCAGGGGCACAAGGUGAUUUUGGCUGCUUGCUCUACUUUUAUGAGAGAUCAGUUUUUACUAACACAGUCAAAACAUGUCAGAAUCACCAUCCUUCAGAGUGCAGAAGUUGGAAGAAAAUUAUUACUCUCUUGCUAUACCGGAGCACUAGAAGUGAAAAGGAAAGAGCUUUUGAAAUAUUUGACUGCUGCCAGUUACCUUCAGAUGGUUCACAUUGUGGAAAAGUGCACAGAGGCCUUGUCAAAGUAUCUGGAAAUUGAUCUUGCCAUGAAAAAUAACAACCAACACACUGACCUGUGCCAGUCUUCUGAUCCAUAUCAUAAAAGUGAAGAAGAAAAUUCUGAGAAAGACUGUGAGAUAAUUGAAAUCUCAGAAGAUAGUCCAGGAAACAUAGAUUUCCAUGUGAAAGAAGAAGAAAAUGUGUUGCAGUCUACAGUGGAGAGCAUGCCAUCAGAAAGAAAGGAAAUGAAGUCACCAGAGCUGUCUACAGUAGAUAUCGGUUUUAAAGACAAUGAAAUUUGCAUCCUCCAUGUAGAGUCCAUCAGUACAGCUGGUGUGGAAAAUGGGCAGUUUUCACAGCCUUGUACAUCAUCAAAAGCAAGCAUGUAUCUCUCUGAAACACAGCAUUCGCUGAUCAAUUCUACAGUGGAAAGCAGAGUGGCAGAAGUUCCUGGACAUCAAGGCCAGGGCUUAUUUUGUGAGAAUGCUGAUGGCAGUCACGGCACGGUGAACGAGAUUCAGAAUGUGGAAGAGAAUCAUUCACUGAGGCACCAGUGCCCCAGGUGUCCUCGAGGGUUUCUUCAUGUUGAAAACUAUCUGCGCCACCUUAAGAUGCAUAAACUGUUCUUGUGCUUACAGUGCGGGAAAACGUUCACACAGAAGAAAAAUCUUAACCGGCAUAUUCGAGGGCACAUGGGCAUACGGCCUUUUCAAUGUACUGUGUGCUUAAAGACCUUCACUGCCAAAAGCACACUUCAGGACCACUUGAACAUACAUAGUGGGGAUCGGCCAUACAAAUGUCACUGUUGUGAUAUGGAUUUCAAGCACAAAUCUGCCCUUAAAAAACAUUUAACUUCUGUUCAUGGCAGAAGUAGUGGUGAAAAACUAUCUAGGCCUGAUCUGAAAAGGCAAAAUCUAUUAUAAUCAGAAUUGUGGACUUGCUGUGUAAACUUUAUAUAAUUCUGUUAGGCAAGUCUUUGUGUAGAAAUACAGCAUUUGUAAUACUAUAUGCCCUCCCUUCAUCUUUAGGUUUUAUUUUAUUUUUUUGCGGUACCGGGGAUCGAACUCAGGACCUUGCCUUUGCCAGGCAGGAGCUUAUGCCUCUGAACUUGUCUCCCCAGCCCAAAAUUUUUAGGUUUUAUUUUUGAUCUGCCGGAGCAUACUACCUUUUUUGUGAACUAAAGUUGAGGGAGGCGUGAUAAAGCUGAUGGGAUGAAUUAUAUACUGUACAAAUCCUAAAGAAAUAUAUCCCUGGAGAAAUUAGUGUUCUUUUUAAAUAUUCUCAAUUCUAAUUGACUGAGAACAGUAUUUGCAAGAUUCUGAUGUAUAUUCUCUAGGUAAUUGAUUUAAAUGUUAAAUCUAACCAUAUGAUAACUUUAAUGAGUUAGGUUGACAAAAAAUAAAUUUUAAAAUGAUGUUGUCUAUUAUUGGUCACUUUAAGAACAAAUAGGAUUAGCAAUUUUUUUUCUUUUAAUAUGUAGCCAGUGUUCUUAGGUUCUAAACUAAGGUGCGUACAAUUAUGAGCUAAAGUACUCAUAACUAUUUUUGUUUCAUAACUUUGUAAAGAAGUAAUUCAGAUUUACUUUUUGAUAGCAGAAUUUCCUUAUGUGUUAAUAUUUCUUCCAAUACUUUUAUUGCUAUUUGUUAUCAUAUAUUUUAGAAUAAUUAGAUCCACAUUUCUUUCUUUUUUUUUUU